AUGGACUACUACCGAAAAAAAAUAGUUGUCAUUUUGGCCACGUUGUCUAUGUUUCUGCAUGUUCUCCGUCCUUUUCCUGAUGAAGAGUUUACAAUGCAGGUUUGUCCAGAAUGCAAGCUCAAGGAAAACAAGUACUUCUCCAAGCUGGGUGCCCCAAUUUAUCAAUGCAUGGGCUGCUGCUUCUCCAGAGCAUAUCCUACUCCAGCGAGGUCCAAGAAGACAAUGUUGGUCCCAAAGAACAUCACCUCAGAAGCCACAUGCUGUGUGGCCAAAGCAUUUACCAAGGCCCGAGUCAUGGGAAGUGUCAGAGUGGAGAACCACACAGCGUGCCACUGCAGUACUUGUUAUUAUCACAAAUCUUAA